AUGUCGGAUGGCAAUUUGAUCACCAAGAUGCUUGCUGACGCUGCGGCGGAGGCUGAAAAGGAAAAACAGCAGCGGCAGGAAGUCAAUGAGGUUCCUGCUCGUGCUGAUGAGGAUGUAUCUCCAAAGGAUGCCAGACGGCGUUCUACCAAGCAGCAUGUGUACUCCCCGGAAUUCUUACUUUCAUUGAAGGGGUCGCCUUUAUGUGCAGACGUUUCCCAUCUGAACCUGCCAAGCAACCAGCACGAGUUUUUCCUCUUGGACCAACCGAAACGUACCGCGUAUGCUAAUCACAAUAACCACAAAUACCCAAACCAGCGUGGCAGAAAGGAUCGAAAGAAGGAUACAAGAAAGACAGCCAAGGAGACGGAGGAACCACCAGAAUGGGUGCUGAAAUCAGACGCAAUCACGGGAAAUUCUAUCCAAGAUUUUGAACUAUGGAGACUCAAGAUGCGGAUAGAAACUUUUAGACGGAACGGGGAGCCUGUUCCCAUGGAGGAUGUCAACCAAUAUGAGUACUUGAAGGCCCAAAAAGCCGAGAGUGCGGUGGCAGCUGACCAGUCGAGCCAAAGUGUUCCAAAGCCAGUCACCAGACCUGAAUUCGACUUCCAUGAACCAAUUCAGGAACCUGGCUCGAAUCCAGACACUUUCGCCACGUCGAGCUCGGGCUCAUCCAGAUUUUCGAGUUUCUUUGGUCCUGAACAGACAAACAAAGGGCCCCAACGAAGCCCUACCAAAGACGAGUCCAAGUUGCUAUCGUUACUUCAGAACUCCGGAAAGCAGGUGCCACAAGCGCAGCCAAUACCCCAGGCGAUGCCCCAGGUGGCCAUGCCGCCAGGACUAGCCCCGACCGCAGCCGUGGGACCCCUGGGAAUUGUAGGUCAUAUGGGGCCUACGGGGCCUCUUCCACCGGUGGGGGCUAUGCCUGUUAUGGGUCACCCUCCAUCCUCUAACGCUGACAUGUUUUUCAACUCUUUGUUGUCCAAGGCCCCGGCUCCCGGAUCUGCUCCGUUCUUGCCUCCAGGGCUCUUUCUACCAUUUUCGGAGAAAAAAUGA